UUUAUAUAUGUUUCAGUCACUGAGAAUGAGUGGCGGUGCUAGAAAGCGACAGUAGGAAGAGGAGGGCUCUUGUGAUUGCUCUGUUUGUGGGUUUGUUUUAGUCUGCGUUGGAGAGAUCGAGAAACUGUUGCGAUGGCGGCGCUUGGUAAAGAGCUUAUCUACCUGAUCUUGCAGUUCCUGGAUGAUGAGAAGUACAAAGAUAGUGUUCACAAGCUUGAGCAAGAAUCGGGAGUUUUCUUCAAUUUGAAUUACUUGGAGGAGUUGAUUCUUGCUGGGAAGUGGGACGAGGCUGAGAAAUAUCUCAACGCGUUCACUACAAUAACCGAUAAUCGGUUCACCAUGAAGAUAUUCUUUGAAAUUCGCAAGCAGAAGUAUUUGGAAGCAUUGGAUAAGCAUGAACGAGGCACGGCUGUUGAAGUACUUCUGAAUGAUUUGAAGGUUUUUGCCCCUUUUAAUGAGAGCUUGUACAAGGAAAUCACUCAACUCCUCACAUUAGAGGAUUUUAGGCAAAAUCAGCAACUCGCUAAUUAUAGAGAUGCUAAGACUGCCAGAUCCAUUUUGAUGCUCGAGCUCAAGAGACUUGUCGAGGCAAAUCCUGUUCUUCAAGAGAAGACUCAGUUUCCUACCUUAAGGAACGGUAGAUUAAGAUCGCUUAUCAAUCAAAGCUUGAACUGGCAACAUUCAUUUUGCGGAAAUCCAAGACAAAAUCCUGAAGUAAAAUCUCUCUUUGUGGAUCACAUAUGUGGAAAUCCAAAUGAUCCAUUUGCCCAAGUAGCUCCAAACAAUCAACUCUUGCGUCCGCAUUCAAAAGUUGAGGGUCUCUUCCCAUUGACUGCAGAUAUGGCAUAUCAACCAACUUCAGCACCAUUUUUGGUAAAUAAUCCAGUUGUGUCCGGAGGAGCAGUGGGAUUUAACAGUCCAAGGAAUCAAGUUCCAGUGCUUAGAGCUCAUGGGGAUUCUGAUGUGACAAAAAUGAGGUCGUCGAGGCUUUCAGAUAGGGAAAUGUUGCAAGGAAACUCUUCUGUUCAAAAUAAUGGCACUGACCAUAACGAGAUUGAUGAAUUGCCCAAGAUUGUUGCAAGAACCUUGAACCAGGGUUCACUUGCUUCGUCUUUGGAUUUUCAUCCUAAUCAGCGGACCAUACUUCUAGUUGGAACAAGUGAUGGGGACAUCUGUUUGUGGGAAGUUAGCCAUAGUGAUAAGUUGAUGACAAAAGGUUUUGAGUCAUGGAAUCUUGAAAAUAAAUCAAUGGCAUUGAAGGCAGCUUUAGUGAAAGACCCAUGUGUCUCGGUUAAACGUGUAUUAUGGUACAUGGAUGGUUCUUUAUUUGGAGUUGCAUACUCUAAGAACCUAGUGCAAUUGUUUGAUUACCGUGGUGGAGGCGACAUUCAACGUCAUCUGGAGCUUGAGGCUCAUAAUGGAAGUGUUAAUGACAUAGCUUUCUGCAAGCCCAAUGUGAAACUAUGUCUUGUUACUGGCGGUGAUGACAAGACAAUUAAGGUUUGGGAAGCGGCUAGUGGUACAAGAAUGUAUACAUUCGAAGGUCAUGAGGCUCCUGUAUAUUCUGUUUGCCCUCAUGAGAGAUCAGGAAACAUAAAUUAUGUUUUCUCGACAUCAGUGGAUGGAAAAAUAAAGGCAUGGUUGUAUGACGGGCAGGGGCCUAAGGUUGAUUUUGAUGCUCCCAGUCGCUCAUGUGCAGCAAUAGCCUAUAGCACUGAUGGGAAACGGCUUUUUUCUUGCGGGACUAAUAAAGACGGGGAGUCCCACAUUGUUGAAUGGAAUGAAGAUGAAGGUUCUGUGAGGAGAACCUACAAAGGAUUUAACAAUCGUUCAUUGGGAUUGGUGCAAUUUGAUACGACCAAGGACAGGUUCUUGGCUUGUGGAGAUAACUACACACUCAAGUUCUGGCAUAUGGACAGGUCUGAUCUGUUAACAGCUAUUGAUGCUGAGGGAGGGCUUCCAGCAAGUCCACGUAUCCGCUUCAACAAGGAAGGGACAUUACUGGCUGUUACUGCAAACGACAACAGAAUCAAAAUCUUAGCGACAGUUCAGGGUCUCCGAUUGAUGCGCGAGAAUGAGAGUCAUUCUCUUACUCCUGCGCCUGUAACAAAGAAUGAUGUAGUUAUAGACUUGGAAGACGUGAAACCUACAUUAACUGAAAUGGGGAAGCUCAUUGAAAUUAACGAACCUGCUCAAUUUCGGUCGUUGAAGCUCUCAUCCACUGUUGAAGUUGAUAAGAUUUCAAGAUUGGUCUAUAACAGUUCAGGUACCGCAGUUUUAGCGUUGGCUUCUAAUGCCAUUCAUCUGCUAUGGAGGUGGUUGCGUAAUGAAGUUAAUCCAACUGGGAAGGCGACAACCAGAGCUGCUCCUCAAUUUGUGCUGUCAGAAUCAGGUGUCCUAAUGGUGAAUGAUGUGAAUGGGGUUAAACCCGAAGAUGCUGUGCCAUGUUUUGCUUUGUCUAGGAACGAUUCUUAUGUCAUUUCAGCAUCAGGAGGGAAAGCAUCCUUGUUUCAUGCUCUUAAUUUUAAGACGAUGACGACCUUCAUGAGCCCCUCACCUGCUGCAACAUGUUUUGCUUUCUAUCCAACAGAUAACAAUGUUAUUGCUAUAGGCACGGAUGAUUCCACCAUUCACAUAUACAAUGUUCGCUUAGAUAAGAUAUUUUGCAAGUUCACUGGCCAUUCUAGGAGGGUCACUGGUCUUGCCUUCUCUCAGGAGCUGAAGAAACUUGUUUCUUUCGGAGAUGAUGCUCAGAUAAUCAUGUGGAGUACUGAGACUUGGGAAAAGCAGAAAGAAGUAUUCCUGCAGAUACCAGCCAAUCGGACACUUUCAUCACUGUCAUCCAAUAAUCUCCAAGUUUACAACGAUCAUACUCGUCUGCUUGUUGUACAUGGUACUCAACUCGCCAUAUACAAAGCAGAGACACUCGAUUGUGUGAAGCAGUGGAUUGUGGAAGAAUCCUCAGCACCCAUAUCUCAUGCAACCCUAUCAUGCGAUAGCCGGAUCGUGUACUGUGGAUUCCUGGAUGGGAUAGUGAGGAUACUUGAUGCUUCAAACUUCAGAAUAAUAUGUCAGAUUAACCCCCCUGCAUAUCUUGGGCUGGAAAUCAGUUCUGGUAUAUACCCAGUCGCGGUGGCAGCAAAUCCUCAGCAACCAAACCAGUUUGCAUUGGGACUGAGCAAUGGAGGCGUUCAUGUGAUUGAGUCUCUUGAGUUUGGAUCCAAAUGGGCUACUGCUUAGAAAAUGGAUGGUCAAGUAGUCUCUAGGGUUACAACUAUGAUGUUAGUGGUGAUUUUAUUAUGUUUAAAUUUCUCUGGUUUUAUACUGUAUUUAGAUCCAUAUCAGUAUAAAGUAUAAACUAGUAUGAAACAUUUACGAUCAGUUGUUGAAUUCAAAUAAAA